CCAAGAGCGACUCUUUCUCCUCGAUUGUUGCAUUCGACUGCAACACCAAUGCGACCUUCGACUUCUUUUCGGGUGCCUUGACGAUGAGUGGUGACUUGGCAGACAGACCGGCGGCAGAAAUACUCGAUAUUGGGAGAUCAGGUUCCAGGGCAGUAGCAUCCACUGCCUGGUGCAGAGUGAGUUCAUUUGAGUCAAAUGCAGUGAGUUGUUUGGGUAGUUCCUUCUUGACGGUCUUGACCAGGUCGCUGACGCUGUCACAGCCGGCAGUAGGAACUUGAAUAACCUGGCCACCGUUGUGUUUGAUCCAAAGUUUGGCCAGAGUGCUUUUGUAGCGAGCGAUUCUCAACAUUGUUGUUUUUUUAAAGGAAAGAAAAAAAAAUCCACGACAUUCUAAAACAUCCCAAUGGCGUCCGAGUAUAUAAACCCAGAAGCUUCUCAAUUCCUCUUCUUUCAUUAACAAUCAAAUGAGUGACUACAACCACUUUACUAACUGAGUCAAGAAGCAGCGAAAAUGUCCUAAUGCAACCUUGGAGGCAACAAUCACUCAAAUUGACAUUAAAUUUGUCUGGUUAUAUUGAAGGGAAUUGACCAGUCAAGGGGAAUGCCAGAAACUGUCAAAACAGACACUGAAAAGUCUAAAUCAUUCUUAUUGAAAUGCUACACUACGACAUCAAUCUCUCAGUGUGCUGGAUGAGUCGUCGUCAUACAGGUUUACUGGGUUGGAUGCUGAGGAAAUCAAAAACCGGCUGACGAAAUACAUCCGAUUGAAUAUGAAGCAACUCAAAGCGACCGAUGUACUGGCAUCAAAACAAGUAAUGCUGAUAGCCAGGUCCUUGAUGAAACUACUGGAAACAUUUGGGGAUGGGCACAAGGGACGCUUCUUGGACUAUGUCAACAGCAGACUUGGCAUCUCCAAACCAUCCUACUACUACUAUAUGGAGCACUAUGCCUUUAUGUCAAAGUAUCCGAAAUUCCAAACGCUGGCAGUGUCCUUUAGAGUGUUUAAAAGUAUGAUUCCAAAAAUCAAGGAAUGGUUUAUGUCACCAGAGUGUCAAGCUUUGGACUCUUCUGAUUUCUACUCUGAACACUACUGGAUGAAUGUUGAUGAUGAAAUGGAUGACGACGAUAUGAAUGUUUUAAACGAGCACAAUUCCACUGCGGUGGAAAACCUUCGCAACAAGUAGUUCCUCGUCAGUCAAUGACUCCUUCAGACUCCAGUGAUAAUGAUAAAGUCAUCAGUGGUGGAACUGACAUUGCUACUUUCUUUCACGGAGAGCAAAGUACUGAAAAUGUCCACCGCAGUGGAAAAAAGUUCUAGCUGUACACUCCUUGAUAUCUUCGUGAUAGACAGCACGAUUCAUUCAAACCUAUUUCCACCACAUUAAUGUAUCUUUUGUAUUAACUUGUAAAUAGAAAAUCUCUGCAACUAUUGUGUUUAUUAUGAAAAUUUCAUUAUUAUCGGGUGUGUUUUUGAGCUAAACAUUGUCUCCUGAUUGUUUAGUUUUCUUGUACUUUUUAGCUCUCUCCUUCUCUGCCUCGGUAUUAGCAGCAUAAUGGUCUCGAUAUUGUUUCCUUUCAGCUUGUUUGUUUUUGGCAUAGUAAUCUCGG